CUCUUCUUCUCACAAUUUUUCUUUCGAGCAACUUAUCAAACACUAGUGGUGCAUUGUUGAUGGCUCAAGAGUUGGACUUGGAGCUUCACAGAUACACUGAUUCCAAGGAAGGUUACACUCUUCUUGGACUAAGGAAACCAAGAAACAAGAAGAAGAAAUAGGAAACCAAGAAAGAAGAAGAAGAAGAAGAAUGAGUGACGAGCAAUCAGAUUCCGCAAUGAUGAAUCCGUGGGAUAUCGGAGACCCGUGGGAUAUGAUAGACUUUUAUGCCGAUGAAGCACCGCAGUUUCAGUUUGAGUCUCCGCCUCUGCCUGAGCCCGUCUGGAAUGGGGACGAAAACAAGAUUGUUGCCGCCAAUGUAGGUGAUCCCCAGCCCCAGCCGUGUGCCAUGGACGUGACUGGUAAUCAACCACCUCAGCCGGUUAUUGAUGAGUUUUUCCCGGAAGCUAUGAAGAGGACAGAGCACUAUUGUGGAAGCCCAUUAUCUGGUUACCAACCACUUCAGUCUCAGCCUCAAUCAUGUGCCAUUGACGUGUGUGGUAAUCAACAACCUCAGCUACAGUCUCAGCCUGUUAUUGAUGAGUAUUUCCCGGAAGUUAUGAAGAGGACAGAGCACUAUUGUGGAAGCCCAUUAUCUGGUUAUCAACCACAUCAGUCUCAGCCUCAGUCAUGUCCCAUUAACGUGUGUGGUAAUCAACCACCUCAAAUACCGUCUCAGUCUCAGCCUUGGUCUCGGCCACUUCAGUCUCAGCCUCAGCCGUGUGCCAUUGGCAUGUAUGGUAAUCUACCACCUCAGCUACCGUCUCAACCACCUCAGCUACCGCCUCAGCCUCAGCCUCGGUCUGGGCCUCGUUCUCAGCCUUGGUCUCGGUCUCGGCCUCGGCUUCUUUCUGAGCCUCGGCCUCAGUCUCAGACGGAAAUAGUAAGGAUGGCGACGAAUGAGUUUUUCGCUGACACAUGUGGUUAUCCCCCACCUCAGCCUCAACCUCCGGUCUGGACUUGGGAGGAGAACAAAGCUUUUGAGUCUGUUAUUACCAGUUGUUUUCAGGAUUCUAUACUCAACCACCGGGAGGCAGUGGCUGCUCGUCUCCCCGGCAGGACCCUAGUACAGCUGAAAGAACGCUUCCAGAAGCUGAUGAACGACAUCAGUGCCAUCCAUAACGGUUAUCCUACAAACACUCCUCUCAAUGCUGCAUCUGAUAACAUGACCAUCAUGAUGGAACACAACCCUCCCUCCAUCCCCAUCAUCAAUGCAACAACACCACCACCAUUACCACCUUAUUCGACGGCUCAUCAUCAUAGGGAGGAGGUACUGCCGGCUGCAGAGGAGGAGCUCGUGCCAACUGCAGGGGAGGAGGCAGCACCAACGAAGACAGGAUAUCAUUGGACCCAAGAUGAACAUAGGUUAUUUCUUAGAGGGUACCAAGAAGAAGGUAAACACUGGAAAAGAAUUUCAGAAUAUUAUGUAAAAACAAAAACUUCUAGUCAAAUUUCCAGUCAUGCUCAGAAACAUUUUUUACAUCAAGAAGAAUCGGCUAAAGGAAAAAAGCUAAGAAAAAGCAUUUUUGAUGUAAUUUGAUCAUCAAAUUGUGCCCUAUUCCGAAGUUUUUAAUGGAUGGAGGAGGAUUUGCUUAAAGCAGGAAGAACAUGUAAAUGGUUGCACAUAUCUAAUUGCCCUAUUUAGGUUGCACAUAUCUAGUUCGAGUUAAUUGUUAGCUGGUUUUGUAAAUCAAUAUAGAUGUAAUUGUGAUUCAUAACAUUUUUAUCAAUAAUAUUUGAUUUUCUAGUUCUCUGGCCUUGAUGGCAAUGCCGAAGAGGACAGUGAACUAGAUUUUAUCAAAAGUCUUGAUGGCUAUGCCGAAGGGACUUUUGGUAAAAAAGAUGUAUCUUUUUAAAAGAUUAUUAGCUUCAAAUGUAUUAAUUAAACAGAUAUGUAAAAAAAUUUUAAAAGUAU